AUGAAGUGGUGCCUCACCGACAACGUCGAAGACCAGGUUGCGCACAAACCAUUUGUGUUUGGUAUCGAGGAGGAAGCUGGUCGCUUCGAGCUUGGCGACGGUGGUAUGCAGGCAUUUCGUGUUGGAUUGUCAACAGUGGAACUCCUUCGAAAGUACCACGCUGUGGUCACGGUCAACCCAACAAAGACCGUCAUAUGUCACAUGGACACGACAUUUUCGAAAAACGUGUUGGGCUACCCCAUGUAUGUAUUUGGAUACUCCGACGUGGGGGGCACAUUUCACCUUCUGUGCGUACGCAUAACGUCACAGCGGACCCACACCGACGUCGCGUGGCUACUGCGGUCACUCAAGGAGAAGUUUACAAGUCUCCUGAAUUAUGCGUGGGCGCCGACAAGACUAAUGGGUAACGCAGACAAGGCACAAUUCUUAGGAAUGACCAACGCACUUCAACCUGAGCUGCCUCUUCUCGAAUACCUUAUGUGUUUUUUUCUCUGCUACGACAAACGCCAAAGCAUGACAAGUGAGGAGUGGACAAGUGUCACCUUUGACAUUUACCUGUUGCACAUGUCCACAAGUGAAGCCGAUUUGGUCAACAACAUGGACACUGCGCACGCAAACUGGGAAGGCAGCCGCACUCUACGAAAGUUCAGAUCCUACUUUUUCAACACAUGGCUCGCCGUGUAUUCAACAAACCAUGGGCCGCGGUUUUGGAAAUGGCAAGUGUUUCACAGCCAUAGGGGGUGCUCGUACACCAACAACCCCAAUGAACAUUUCAACCGCAAACUCAAAGAUGCAAUCGGUCGUGUCAAGAAGCAUGUCCCACACCUGUUCAAGAAGUGGCGAAACUGGUUCAAGAAAUCUCAACUGAGGCGACACCUGGGGUACAACAUCCAGUCCAAACCGAGCGAAUGA